GGCGCUUACGUCAUAUCACAAGCGCGUUGUAUCGCAUAUGAUCGUCAAACAUGUCAGAGUUCGUUGUCGAAAGUGUGUCCCCGAAGAGUCGACGUGAGGAAAAAUGCUAUCGGCGUGCAUAUACGAGCCUUAUAUUAUGUACUGUACAAAAACCUUUCACGUGAACGUCAAGCGGAAGGAUGUGACAGACGACGCUAUGACACCGAAUCGCCUCGUGUCCUUUGUCUUCAUCUCCGGGAUUGUGGUCGCUGUUACUUGCACGUUACUGUUGCAGUAUAUAUUCAACUUGUCCACUGAUUUUUCAAAGCAAGAGUUUCACCAUGUAUUUAUACCGCUUCCUUCGGAUGGCAUAUCAAACAAAGAAUAUACUCUCAGUCUUGCAUUAGGCAACACUGAACUCGACAAACUGCAGGUUCAGAAUACUGAAACAUCGACGGCAGAGGCAUUGACAUCCUUGCACUUAGCUAUAGAGAUGAAAUCAUCCGGCAAGCAGAAGAAAGCUAUAAAGUUGUUUCAACAUGCAAUGGCAUUGGCACCGCAUCAUCCAGACGUUCUAAAUCAUUACGGGGAAUUUCUAGAGCACACUCAGAACAAUGUGAUUAAAGCCAAUGAAUUUUACGUACGCGCUUUAACUUAUGAGCCGAAUCAUGAAAGUGCUUUAAUGAACAGCCAAAGGACAGCUCGCGUAGUCGAGGAACUUGACAGGAGGAUGCUCAGGCGCAUCGACGAAAAGAGGAACGCGCUGUCCACGAUACCUGAUCACAAUGCUGCACUGAUACGCGCCAAGAAGGAGGCUUACUUCCAACAUAUUUAUCACACAGUCGGGAUCGAGGGGAAUACCAUGAACUUAGCACAGACAAGAGCUAUAGUAGAGACACGUACCGCGGUUGCUGGAAAAAGCAUCGAUGAACACAAUGAAAUUCUUGGAUUGGAUGCCGCCAUGAAAUAUAUCAAUGCGACCUUGGUCAAUAGGGUAGGUUCGAUUUCUAUAAAAGAUAUAUUGGAGAUACACAGACGCGUGUUGGGCCAUGUAGAUCCUGUCGAGGGCGGCCAAUUUCGUAGGACUCAGGUGUACGUCGGUGGUCACAUACCUCCAGGCCCGGGAGACAUACAUUACUUGAUGGAGGAGUUUGGGAUGUGGUUGAACAGCGAACAAGCCAUCAGGUUGCAUCCAGUUAAAUACGCAGCUGUCGCACAUUACAAAUUAGUACAUAUACAUCCGUUCGCCGACGGUAAUGGCAGAACGUCUCGCUUGCUCAUGAACAUGAUUCUUAUGCAAGCCGGAUACCCACCUGUUAUCAUUCACAAGCAACACCGCCACAAGUACUACGAGAACUUGCAAAUAGCGAACACCGGUGACUUGAGACCGUUCGUGCGAUUUAUUGCCGAAUGCACUGAGCAAACGUUGGACUUGUUCCUGUGGGCGACCAGCGAGUUCUCUCGACAGGUUCCCGCAUUGAGCCAAGAGACUCUGUUCAUGGAGAGGCACAACACGAUCAUUCUGGAAGACGAAGACAAUGACAUACUCGAAAACGAUUGAGCAACGCGCUCAGCCCAGAUCUGAAGUAUUUUUGAGACCAAAGAAUGUUCGCCUUACCUCUAUAUGUCUCAUUUUAUUUAUCAAUAUUUUUAAUUCUCGAGCGUGAAAGUUCCUUAACAAAGUAACUGGCUACGUUAUGACGUACCGGACUCCGAAACUUGAAAAGCCCUUUAAUCGUUAAAACUAAAUGUGUACGAUAUUCGGGUUUACCAUAAAGUAUAAACAUAUCCGCUGUUUUACGUGAAUCUGUUGUACUAUUUAAAAGCUGCCAAUUAAUUAAUUUUAACGUGAGCCCAUGUAAAUACGAAUCUUCCAUUGUGCUGUACAAAAUUAAUUUAUAUUUAAUAUUUAUAAGUAUGUGUGUGUAUAAUGAGUGCAACGGUGAG